CACUGGAGGUGGAGUUUUGUAGAAGGAUCUGGCAACCCUGAACGCCGCCAUCGCUACAGUAAUGGCUGCGCCCUCGUGUAGUGCAUGCGCAUGAGGAGCAGUUUUUAAAAGUUACAACCUCUUACAAACGUGAACAUUCGAUAAAGAAAGAUGAAGACCAAAAAUAUGAAGGAGAAGAAGGGCUGUGGGCUAUCCAAAAGAGGGAUCCUUGUAAAGGGCAAUUGGAAAGCAGUGGAGCUUGAUCCCAGCGUUUUCGCUCAUGAGACAGUGGGAGAAGUGGUGUGUUUUGAAGAACUCACAGAUUAUUCCCUGGUUGACACUAAAAACAAAUCAGCCAUGGCUGGGCUUUUAAAAGACACAACAGCCCGGAAAAAACGAAACAAUAAGAGAAAAGCCAGUGAAAUUGACGCUGAAGAAGAUCAGGAAGAAUUCAUACAGCUGUCACCUGAAGACAGUCCGGCUAGGAAGCGGAAGAAGAAAAAGAAGAAACAUGAGAGUGAUGAUGUGCUCACAGAUGAUGAUCAUUUAGAUGAUGACUUAGAGAUUUUGGCUGAAGAAGGAGAUGACCAGACACCGCAAGACUCUGAUGAUUACACCGAGCUCAAAGCAGAGACAACACAAAAGACCAAGAAGAAAAAGAAGAAGAAGAAGAAAAAGAAGAAUCAGAAAACUGCAGAACAAACAGAAACUGAUGCACUAAUAGACCCUGCUGAUGAGGUCCAGGUUCGAGCUAAAAGAAAAGCCAAGAACUGGACAGAUGCAGCCCUCUCAAAAACAGCAGGGCAGGACACUGAUGUAUCGGCCUGGAAAGACCUGUAUGUACCUGAACCUGUGCUAAAGGCUCUGAGCAGACUUGGAUUUUCUGCACCUACACCGAUUCAAGCUCUUGCUCUUCCUCCUGCCAUUAGAGAUCACCUAGAUAUUCUGGGUGCAGCAGAGACAGGAAGUGGAAAAACUUUGUCUUUUGGAAUUCCCAUGAUCCACAGAAUAUUAGAGUGGAAGGAAACCAUUGACAGUAAAAAUGCAGAUGCAGACGGGAAAUCUGGCCCUGUGGAUGUGGAGAGCAUUUACCUGGAUAAAGUCAGAGACUCGAACGACACAGAAGACAAAGAUGAGGGGAGCGUGGACGCUCAAGAUGAAGAUGAUGACUGUGGUUCUGUUGAUGACCAUCAAAGUCAAGAUGACGAUGAUGAUACACCAGGACAUGAGGAAGGUGCCAUCCAGAGCACAAGCUUUAAUACAAAGACAGAAGAAAAAGAUGAUAGCGGGAAACAGCCUUUACUUGGACUUGUUCUUACACCAACCAGAGAACUAGCAGUGCAAGUCAAACAUCAUAUUGAUGCUGUAGCACAGUUUACAGGUAUUAGAACUGCUCUUCUGGUGGGCGGGAUGGCACCACAGAAACAAGACAGGAUGUUGAAGCGCAGGCCAGAGAUUGUUAUCGCCACACCAGGGCGCCUGUGGGAGAUGAUUCAGGAUAAACAUCCUCAUCUGUGCAACCUAAGGCAGCUCAGGUGCCUGGUUAUUGAUGAAGCUGACCGCAUGGUUGAAAAAGGGCAUUUUGCUGAGCUUGAGAACCUGCUGGAGAUGCUCAACACUUCCCAGUUCAACCCGAAGAGACAGACCUUUGUGUUCUCUGCUACACUAACCAUGAUCCACAGCCUCCCUGCCAGAGUGAUGCAGAAGAAAGGAAAGAAAGUGGAGCAGCGCAGCAAGCUAGAGGUGCUCAUGGAAAAAGUAGGAAUCAAAGGCAAGCCAAAAGUGAUUGAUCUCACCCGGAAGGAAGCCACGGUGGAGACACUGACUGAAACCAGGAUCCACUGUGACAAGGAGGAGAAAGAUUAUUAUCUCUACUACUUCCUUCUGCAGUACCCUGGACGCACGAUGGUGUUCGCAAACAGCAUUGACUGCAUCAAGAGGCUUAAUUCAUUACUAACUAUUUUGGAUUGCACCCCACUGCCACUGCAUGCUAAUAUGCACCAGAAACAGCGGCUGAAAAACCUGGAGAGAUUUGCAGAGAGGGAAAGCUGCGUCCUUCUCACGACGGAUGUUGCUGCUCGAGGACUUGACAUUCCAGAUGUCCAGCAUGUCAUCCACUAUCAGGUCCCACGAACAUCUGAAACGUACGUCCAUCGGAGUGGACGUACAGCUCGUGCUGCCAAAGAGGGUCUCAGUUUGCUCCUGAUUGGUCCAGAUGAUAUGAUGAACUAUAAGAAAAUCUAUAGGACACUGGGAAAGGAUGAGGACCUUCCUAUGUUUCCUGUUCAGAACAAAUGCAUGACUGCCAUUAAGGAACGUGUCAAUGUGGCAAGAAAAAUAGAAAAGAUUGAAUACUACAACUGCCGAAGGCAGCAGCACAAUUCCUGGUUCAGGCAGGCGGCCGAGGAAAUGGACAUAGACCUUGAUGAUGACUUGCUUUUGGGAGGGGACAAGGAUGAAGAGAAUGACCGAGAGCAACAGAAACUUGUGAAAGGCUUAAAGAAACACCUGAAGCACCUGAUCUCUCAGCCAGUCUUCAAAGCCCACAUGAAGACUAAAUACCCUACUCAGAUGGGCAAACUUCAGCUGCCCCAGCUACCUUUGGGAGAUGAAACCGCUCUAAUCAGUGUACACAAACAAAAACAGAAAGACAAACAAAAGAAGCAGAAAAGAAAACCACAAUAA